GCGGCCAGUCGCCAGCGUGCUCGCCUUUUUGACCAGACGCGCGCGCGCUCGCCCGCGCUCACCGCUUUUUCGGCGCCAGCGAGCGAAGGAAGGCAGCAAGGCUCGUCGACGCGACGCCGGCUGGCGGUUGCUGCUAGUAGUCCCCCGUCGGCGGUUUUGGCAUCUGCGUCACGGCGCGUCACCCUACGUCGACUCGACGCCGGCGGCUUGAGCGAAGCGCGGGACACCUUCAACGGAGCUUCUACACGACUUCCCUGCAGAACCUCGUUCUGUAACAGAUUAGGAUAUCACAAGGUCACCGGCGGACGCGACCCCGGAGACGCAGGCCGGCGCGGCUGCUGACCACGACUCCCCUGUGACGGACGACGCUCUUGACCCAGUGCUGCCGGGUGCCGCUACGACGUGAGGAGGGAGGCUGACCGGUGCCCCCGCGAAGGUACACCGCCGCCCGUGAUCGCGUGGGGCUGCUCCUCCCUGUCUUCGCCGCCGGAACGCCGUCGUCGCUGGACUCCGUAGCAUCUUCCGAUUGCGCUCCGUCGCCGGUCACCGUACAGUGGCCCCGGACUGGCCAGCCCGGUUUGUGGGGCACUACGUGGGCCGAGGACGUAUUGUGGACUGUGACGACGCAUCGCUGGUCGAGCGCUAAGUGUCGAUUGUUGGGACUCGAGACGCACUCGCGAGUGUCGCUUCGAGGACUGCUCUCGUUUUGACAAGUGUGGGCCCGAAACGUGUGUCGGUUGAAAUUUUCCGUUCUCGGGACGUUUCGGUCGGCGCCAUUGUGAGCUGUUCGCGAGUCGAGAUUUGGACCUCGAGACGGUGAUCGUGAAAAAGAAAAAAAGAAGACUCGCGGUGUCUUCCGACCGAAACGUGGACGGCGGUUGCGCAUACCGCCGGCGCGGACUGUAACCGGUGGCUGUCGUUUCGUCGCAUCUGCCGUGACGGUGGCGUCUUCGCCGGAGGCCUGCAGACAGCGGCAGGAGCGGGACGACUCGGCGGCGGCGGCGACGACGAAGGCGGAAGGGCCGGCCCUGAGCUACCGGCAUGCCUUCAUGGACCUGAGCGUGCCCAAGCGGGCAGCGACUCCCCCCGGCUCUUCGGCGACCCCUCAGCGUCCACUGCCGGUGCCGGCCAUGGUGCACCACGUUCCCGGAUCUCCGCCCGCCUUCUCAGCCACGGACACGGCGCCGGCCGCUAUGCCCGCAACUUACCAUGCAGGAGGCGGCGGAGGCAGCGCGGCAGCUGCUGCAGUAGCCGCUGCGGCGGCCCUGGGUCCCGUCUACCUGGCGUCUUCUCGUCUGGCCGGCGGCGGAAGCGAGGCCGCCAUGGCCGCGGGCCGCGUGCUGCCCGACCUGACGCCGUACUCGCUCAGACCGUACGACUUCGCCCGGCACCUGCUGUCCUCGCAGAGCGCCGUCAGCAAGCUGCUCGCGUGCACGGCUGGCGUGAAUGCCGGGCGCUACUACGAGGGUGGCUCGCUGCGGCCGGGCGUCAUCGGCGGCAGCAAGCCCAAGGUGGCCACGCCCGUGGUGGUCGCCAAGAUCGAGCAGUACAAGCGCGAGAACCCCACCAUCUUCGCCUGGGAGAUACGCGAGAGGCUCAUCUCCGAAGGCGUGUGCAGCAACAACACUGCGCCCAGCGUCAGCUCCAUCAACCGGAUUCUGCGCAACCGGGCCGCCGAGCGCGCCGCGGCCGAGUUCGCCCGCGCCGCCGGCUACUCCAUGUACCACCCGUACGCGGCAGCCGCAGCGGCCUCGCUGCCGUGGCCGUCGCCCGCCGCAGCCGCCGCAGCCGCUGCCGCAGCGGCAGCCGGAGGACCGGCGGCCGCCGCCCUCUGGUCCCCCUUCCUCGCGGCGCCCAUGGCCGGCAACGGACCGUCGCACCACGGGUCCGGCUCGGGCACCGGCGGCGGCAUGGGGUCCAGUUCCGCCAACUCCAGCCCGGACCCGGCGGCGCUGGCGGCGGCGUUCAGGGCCCGCACGGGCGACGACCUGGACAAGGACGGCCUGGGUGGCUGCGACGAAGGCGCCAGCUCGGACUCGGCCGACCGGCCCAAGUUCCGGCGCAACCGCACCACCUUCAGUCCCGAUCAGCUGGAGGUGCUCGAGGAGGAGUUUGAGAAGACCCACUACCCGUGCGUCAGCACCCGCGAACGCCUGGCAGCCAAGACGAACCUCUCUGAAGCACGCGUGCAGGUGUGGUUUUCCAACAGACGGGCGAAGUGGCGCCGGCACCAGCGCAUGAACCUGCUCAAGCCCGGAGCCGAAAUGCCGGCCUCGCCAAGCAGCUCGGUCCCGUCCUCGCCGGAGCCGGCCGGGCCGCCAGCCACGCCACCGCUCGCUAGCCGCCUGUCGCCGCCGCCCCUGCAGCCGCCCUCCCGGCCGCUGGUCAUGCCGCGCAUGGGCGGCGAGAACUCGGCCUUCUCCAAUCCGGCGGCCUCCCGGCAGCAGUCGGUCACGCCGGUGUCCGAGUACGCCGGCUGACCGCACCGGUCGGCCAGCUGCGUGUGCCGGUCCCCCCGAACCCAUCCCGGUGGACCACCGUGAAGAAAAAAGCUCAACCAAAUUGGGACUCUCGAUCGCGCCUCCCCCAGGGCGCAGGUAUCCCAGGGCUGCAUGCAUUGCUCCAGGCUCUCCAAGCGCCGUGAGCACGCUACUCUCGUGUCCCGGGUACGGACACAAUCCGGUUGUGCGCGGCUCGGAGCCUGUGACUGCUUUCGGGCCAGGUCACACCGACUCAGACCAUCGGCUGCAGAAGGGAGUUCGGCAGAGUGUGAUAUGAAUUCCCCGUCCAGGACGAGACGAGCUAACCCGUCAGUGCAGUGUUCAGUGAACUGUGACAAGCGUUGACGCUUCAUUCGUCGGCUGUACACUGCGAAAGAAGCCGUACUGCUACGCGGACUUUGGUUAUUCCGUGCUUCGUUCCGGACACCCUUGACAAAAGUGUGUGAGUGACGCCCUGUGCCACGCGGUAUGGAGACCGACGCGCCACGGCGAAGUGCGCUAUUUUGCUGCGCAGUGUCUCGACGUCGCGCUGUGGUUCGCGCCCCGUACGAGUGGGCGGUUGGCGAGGGACGGUGUCGCGUGUGGCGCGGUGCGCAUGCGCAGGUCGUGCCUGCGACGUCUACUGUGCUGCGGACAUGCUCGCCCUAGUCCAGCAACUCCACAUCUCUGUCCACGGCGUUCACCAAAGGCCCCUUCGUGAAAGAGAGGACACGCCUUGUGCUUGCUUUAUUUCAUUCAUUUUUAUUUUCCCUACUCAAAGCAGCAUUUCUGUACAGUUAUACGCAGUGACGCUACCGGUGUAUCUGCUGCGUCUGCAAGGAGUUCUCGUGAUCGUUUGUUUUUGCGUGUGUUUCACUGUCGCGUAAAUUUUGUGGCAAAUCCACGUGCUUUCUCUGGCGCGCAUUGGACAAUCGAGACUGCGAGAUUACCCCCUCGACUACAUUGACGACACCAGAUCCAUCGGCAGACUUCUAUCACCAAGGACAGUAUUGCGGCGGCCUCAUUGCUGUGAUAGCCCAGUAGCAUCGCGUCUUGCACCGAUCUCAAGGCCAGCCAUACUUAACGGCUCGGUGGUCUUAACAGUGGCAUUUGACGCCAGCUGUAACGAUGCACGACGGUUGCGUCUGUUUGUCGUCGGUAUUUUUUUUAUUAUUGUUUAGCCAGACCGAUAUUCCGCUCGUAAUUGUACGAAGGUAAUUUUUCCGACACGCGGUACCAAAGAGGUAUUGCAUGAAUGAGAAUCUCAAACUGCGGUCUCUAUUUUCCUUUUCUAAUGUGCUGCCUCUUGGUGCGAGUAAAACGAUAAGUUGAAAAAAAGAAACAUGAACCGAAAGCUGUAAAUAUUCAUCACUUCGUGGAAUUGUUCGCAUUAUACUUCUGUUAGCCUCAUCUGCAAAUGACUCGCGCUUAAGAACGAAGGCAUCGAAAGUAACGGCACGUCACCCAGAGUAUAACGUCGUGUUUCUGUCUUUUCGAAGUGUCACUGAAAGGUGUCUCAUCAACGCAAAAUUUGCUACUAAUGACACCGCGACUCAUUUGUGUGACCCAAGAGCCUGCAUGCACACAUAAAUUUGAAACAGUACGUGUUGACUGUUGACAGACAGUUGACGCAAGAAAUUUAGCUGGUUUUCGUUUUCAUCCACGCUUCGAUAUUUAUGGCAACACACACAAGAAAGGGUCUAAAAAUGAAAUCGCGUUCUGAGCUGUUGUUUAGGUCUGCGGUAAGCCAACAUGCACGCUGUCGGGAGUUAUUUGGAGUCGUCCCGAGAUAGUCGUGUCGCGAGUGUAGCAAGCAAUCGCGAGGUAAAAUGACGCUGUGACGGCUCACGCGAGACGAGGACAUUACAUGCGGUGCCCGGAAGCACCCGCGCGUGUGUGUGUGUUUCUUUCAGCCUUGUACCGGCCGCUGCGAGAAUCAGAGUCCAGCCGGUGCUACAGUUUGGGCAAGGCGCGUCCAGUACUCACUAUAUACGACGACUCCGUCCAUUAAUUGUUUCACCUUGAAAUGCGUUGUCUACGCUACGAAUAAAAUAUUCUCAUCCCGAAA